CGACAUGAGGGAAUGAAUGAAGCGUCAUUUUUCAGAAGCAGCUCCUGCAGCGCGAGGCCUCACUGCUUGCGCUCGCACAUUCAUAGAUAGGGCAAAUCAUUACAAAAACUACAACGUACCCAUCAAUUCUCAAUAAAUAGACACAAGACAAUGUGGAGCACCGGAGCAGUAAGUUUUGUGCUAAUCUCAUGUUUUAUCCACGCGUCGCUGUGUGCUGACGGGCUGGUGAACGAAGAGGUGAAGCGCGCGGUGGAUCUGAGUACUCACCUCGCGAAGAUUUCAGCGGAGAUUCAGCUCGCGAAUCAUGGACACUCGCACGUGCAGAGCUUCACGCUCGCGCUGGAGUCCGAGCUCGCGCCGCACCUCGCCUUCAUUGGUGCAUCUGUAAAAGGGGAGGAAGAGGAGGAUGAAGCCCUGGAGCUGAAAGAGACGACUAUCCAUGGACAAAGUGGUCAGUUCUUUGAGGCAAAGUUGCCAUCUCCUCUCGCUGCGGGCAGUAAGCUGCAAGUGAAGGUUGAGGCUGUGCUCAGUCACGUGCUGAAGCCCUUCCCCACUCACAUCACCCAGGCUGAGCGGCAGCUGGUGGUCUUCCAGGGGAACCACUAUUUUUACUCCCCGUACCCCACCCACUCCCAGACCACACGUGUGCGCCUGGCCUCCAAAACCGUGGAGACCUACACUAAGCUGGGCAACCCCACUAAGAGUGAUGAGGUUAUCGAGUAUGGACCAUUCAAAGAUGUUCCUCCAUUCAGCCAGGAUGUCAUGAAGAUUCACUAUGAAAACAACACACCCUUCCUCACCAUCAGCAGCAUCACCCGCACUAUUGAGGUCUCUCAUUGGGGUAACAUCGCUGUGGAGGAAACCAUCGAUGUAAGACACACUGGUGCCUACCUGAAGGGGCCUUUCUCCCGCUAUGACUACCAGAGACAGUCUGAUAGCGGCAUUUCCUCCGUCAAAUCUUUCAAGACCAUCCUUCCAGCCUCUGCUCAGGAUGUGUACUACCGCGACGAAAUUGGAAACAUCUCUACUUCUCACUUGCAAGUUCUCGAAGAUUCUGUAGAAGUUGAAAUUCGGCCUCGUUUCCCACUGUUUGGUGGCUGGAAAACGCACUACAUAAUUGGUUACAAUCUUCCCAGCUACGAGUAUCUUUACAACCUGGGUGAUCAGUAUGCCCUAAAGAUGCGUCUGGUCGAUCAUGUCUACGAUGACCAGGUUAUUGAUCAGCUAACUGUGAAGCUGAUCCUUCCCGAAGGAGCUAGAAAUAUCCACAUGGACACUCCCUACCCCAUCAGCCGCAGUCUAGAUGAGCUCCAUUAUACUUACCUGGACACCUUUGGCAGACCUGUGCUGGUGGCCACCAAGAAUAAUCUUGUGGAGCAGCAUAUUCAGGAUGUUGUGGUUCACUACACAUUCAAUAAGAUCCUGAUGCUGCAGGAGCCAUUGUUGGUGGUGGGAGCUUUCUACAUCCUCUUCUUCACCGUGAUCAUCUAUGUGCGCCUUGACUUCUCCAUCACAAAGGACCCAGCAGCAGAGGUGCGCAUGAAAGUGGCUUCCAUCACCGAGCAGGUCUUGACUCUGGUGAACAAGCGUCUAGGUCUGUACCGCCACAUGGAUGAAGUUGUGAACCGCUACAAGCAGUCUCGUGAUACAGGAGCUCUAAACAGCGGCCGCAAGACCCUGGAGGCCGAACACCGCACCCUCACCAAUGACAUCACUGCGUUACAAGCCCGGCUCAAAGCAGAGGGCUCUGAUCUAGCUGAAAAGGUGGGAGAGAUCCAGAAGCUGGACAGUCAACUGAAGGAUCUGGUGAGCCGUUCCUGUCAGGAAGCCGAGAGGCUGGUGGCCGGAAAGGUGAAGAAGGAUGCCUACAUCGAAUCGGAUAAAACUCUAGCAAGCAAGAGGCACGAGCUGGUUGGCCGAAUUGACAGUCUGCUGGAUGCCUUGUAAAUCAAACAUUCAUGAAACCCCACCCUCCCAAACGGUCACGUAUGCUCAGUGCAGACCGGACUAACAGAUCAAUAGUGUACACAUACAUACAAUAUGCAUCAUUCUGUGAACACUUCAUGUUGGUGCCUUUGUGGGACAUAAAGUGAAACUUUGUGGGACAUAAAGUGAUUUUUUUUUUUUAUUUCUGCAGGAUGUGUAUGUUGUGUUGUAUUUGGUAUGCUGAAUGUGUGUGAUUGUCUAAGAGGGAUUCAUGUGUGUACUCAUGUUUUUUUUUCUUUUCUUGAAGUUGCUGAAUGUCAGAUGCAGUUUUCAGUCUCAUGGUCCAGCAAACCAGGUUUGGGGUCAAGUGUGAAUUGAUAUUAGUUCCAUAACCUUAAUGUAAAACUCACCUGAAAAACAUCUUUGCACUUAAUGUAAAAAACAUUUUUCAAAUUCUUCCCUGUCCUGAAACAAACAAAAAUGUUGAACAUCUGAUUUUGUAAUUGUCACCACUCACUACAGAUUUGCAUGUUUGCAAAUGUUCUAUUGGGUUAUUUGUCAUUUUUGUAUGAUUUUUCAGCUUUUGUAAAUGAUGUACUUCGGUUCAAUGAAUGUCAGAAUAUUGAUUUUUGUAAGGGUAAAUGUGACAGAUUUCGCUGGUGUGUGAAACAUUUUCAAUCCAUGACAAAUAAAAAAGGUGUUUAAAUCCAGA